ACGAAGCUGGGGGUUGGGGGGGGAGUGCGGCGCAGCGGGCGGAUCCUGCGCCAGUCCGCCCCAUUGGCUCCGCCCCACGCCUGCGGUCGCCAUGAUCUGCCUGGUGCUUACCAUCUUGUCUCAGCUCUUCCCCGCGGCUUGCGGCGGCGUACACGAGCGCACCUUUUUGGCGGUAAAGCCGGAUGGGGUGCAGCGGCGGCUGGUGGGCGAGAUUGUGCGGCGAUUCGAAAGGAAAGGCUUCAAGUUGGUGGCACUGAAGCUGGUGCAGGCCUCUGAGGAGCUGCUACGGGAACACUAUGCCGAUCUACGUGGACGUCCCUUCUAUGGUCGCCUGGUCAAAUAUAUGAGCUCGGGGCCCGUGGUAGCUAUGGUGUGGCAGGGACUGGAUGUGGUGCGCGCCUCAAGGGCCCUUAUUGGGGCCACAGACCCAGUGGACGCAGUGCCUGGCACCAUCCGUGGGGAUUUCUGCGUAGAGGUUGGCAAAAACUUGAUCCAUGGCAGCGAUUCUGUGGAGAGUGCCCGCCGUGAGAUUGCACUCUGGUUCCCUAUGGAGGAGAUCCUAUGCUGGGAAGACAGCGCCUCACACUGGUUAUAUGAAUAGGGAGGUGCUGGCCUUGUGCAAGACCACUACACCCUGCAGAGCUCCCCUAAGCAGUGGGUGCAGGCCACACACAGCUACUUUGCUGCAGAGCCACCUCCCCAGCCCACAGCACCUGGACUCCCCAUGUUCAUCUCACCUUUUUUCAUAAUAAAUUGAGAAAAACC